AUGACCCAAAUAUUGCCUCGCCCUUCUCAACCAGGAACUUCAAAUAGCUAAAGCAAACUCGUGAUAGUACAUGAUAGGAAGAAGGAGGUUGCAAUCUUGACUCUCAAAGUUUGACAUCGCUACAAGGCUGGAAAGAGUAAAGACAUUGGUAUAGCUCCGGAGCUGCUUACUGGCCCUCGGCUGAUGUUGUCUUCUUCGUAGAGUGAACGUGAGACAAGAAAAUGAUCAUCCACCACUGACACGCUCCUCAGAAUUCAAGAUGGCCGCCGCCCCUGCCGACAGCAGCUUGAGCAGUGAAUUAGAGUGUGCCAUCUGCUCCGAUCAACUGAAACAGCCGAAGUAUAUCGGUUCCUGCAACCACACAUUCUGCAAGGAGUGCAUCGAUAAGUAUUGGGUCUCCCUUGAGAAGCGGAGAACAAUUCCUUGUCCACAAUGCCGCGAAGAAUGCCCAAUCCCGUCAAAUGGCGUGGAUGACCUGAGGGAUAACUUCAUGGUAACCAACAUCAUAGAGACAUAUCGAAAGCAACAACAGAAAGCUGCACUUCUCACGGAAAUCAAAUGUACCUUGUGUCGGAAUGGAGCGUCCUGUUUUUGCAAAGAUUGUGAUUUAAAAUUAUGUCCUGAAUGCAAACGAAACCAUGACCGUAACCCCCAAAAUCAUGACCACCACUUAUUUGGUCUCUGCCGCUCCCAUGGCAAUGGAUUGUUGUUUUUCUGCAAUCCUUGCAAACAGGCUGUCUGUGGUGUCUGCAGAUUAUCUGAUCACAAAGACUGUGUCCACGAGGUGACACCAAGCCGUCAAGUUGCUAUCAACUUAAUAUCAAGAAUCCAAGCCUGUUCGGCUGAACUAGAAGACGCGAUUAGGACUCAACUUGGAAACCAAGAAACGAAACUGUCGGGGCUUCGUGACAUUGUCCAGCAACAGUCGACUUCCGCUGAAAAGCAAGCGACUGUCGGUACCGAAAAUAACAUAGCUAAGAAUAGGAAAGACAUCCGGGAUCACCAGGCAAAGAGUCAAACGAUACAAAAGAAAAUCGAUAUCUUAUUGAAGGAAAAGGAGAAGGAGGAUGAAAUUACAAAGCAACUCGUCAAAGACGUAGACAAACUCGAGAAAGAGAAGGCAAAAAUCAUCGCAAGCGUCAGAGAGAAGUUCACCAAAUCAUCUGAGAAGAUCAACCUACGUCUUCGAUCCCUUGAGACCCGUAGGCAAGAAAUGAAAACAAAAAUAGAGCAGGGCCGAGCAGUAGGAUCUACCAAGAUCACCAUUGAUACCGAGAGCAUUGCUAACCUGACCAGUAUCAGUCAGGAACUCGUGGACUUAGUCGGUGCUUUAAGGGACAGUGACACUGUGGCUGUGAUAGAGGAAGUCACGAGGUCGAUCGGUAAAACAAAGCAGGAUUUCCGACAAUUGAAGAAGGUGUGUAACUUAACCUUUCCAGGAAAUCGGCCGUGUCGGAUAGUUUACCGAUUGAAGCAUCUACCUGACUCUCGCCUUGCUACAUUAGCCCACUCUAGUGGUGGUUGGGGGGACACGAUUUACUUCCAUGACGAAGUAUCUUCUUCACUGACGGGCACAAUCACAGAGGGAGUUUACCCUGCUAAAGACAUGGCCUUCACAUCCACUGGUGAAGUAGUAGUGGCAAGAUUGAAAAAGCCGCCCAUUAGAGUGUUCAAGCCUGCUACUGGUGCAUACCGUGAUAUUAACAUUGCCCAUGAUGGGGAGGUGAUUGAUGAGCUGUGGUCGGUUGAGACUGAUGAGUCUGACAACAUGUUUGCCUUAAUUUCUUUCAAUAAUUCACGUCUUCUUGUUGUGAAACCGAAUGGCACCGUCAUUCAGUGUAUCAGGUUAACUGGACGUUCUUACUGUAUGGGUUUCUGUUCACUGAAUAGAACCCUAUACAUCGCUGUUUGUGACAGGAUCCUGAGGUUUCACUGGAGUAAUAACAUCCUUGAAGAGAUCUCAUCAUGUUCACACGGCGUGGAAGGAUUCUGUUGCUGUGAUGUUUGUAUUGGAAGUGGUGGCGAGGUGUUGGUGGCUGGUUGGAUGAGGAACCGUGAUAUCGUUAUCUACCAGGUGACAGAAGGAGCAGAUGAGGAGGACAUGGUAUUGAGGGAGAUAGAGUAUCAAGAUGGUGUGAAGAGAACAGGUGGUUACAACCCGCCACAUAUCUGCAUCAAUGAUGAUAAUCUCUGGCUUGCAUAUAUUGACAAGCUUGAGAAGUUCAAGUUGGUUUAAAUAUUGGGUGUAUGUAGACCUACAUUCUUGUGUUCACACCACCCUACAGUCUUAGAUAACAUAAGAAGCAUUCGUGUACCAGGAUCGUACCUAGCGGGAUACAACGUCUUCGAAAAACCUGUUCGUCAUACAGAUUUAGACGCUUUUGUGACACAAUCUGGUGUUAAAUUGCCAAAGAGAUAAAACGGCCCCGGAUACCAUUAGAUGGAUAAGAUAUUUUUAGUAAAUUGGAUAGAUAUUUGUCAUAUAAUUAUUGUGCGAUAGAAGUACUGGUAGACGUUGUUUGGCACCAUUACGACAUAAGGUCCAUGUUCAUAGUUAAAGCCAAAAUGCGUUUUUUCCUAUGAUGCAUGCAGUACAGCUUCCUCUUUUUAAAAUUCUUUGAAAUUGUCAUUGGUAUAAGAUCAUAUGAUAUUGGAACA